AUGCAAUAUAUAACUUUCUUUAUUUCACUUGUUAAUCUAUUGGAAAUUCCAUUUUCAACAGCUGCAUGCUAUGGGCCUUAUGUAACUGCGUCAAGUAUUGAAGCAUUACAUGAAGAUAUACAUCUCGUUCAACCAUUGCCUGUUGAUUGUGGUAGAUUAUCGUGCGACUUCUAUUUAAGUUCAAGCUCAGCGUUAGGUUCACAUGGGCCACUAAGUGCAUAUGGUCCACUUGGAAUGGUUGGGCCUGUUGGUCAUAACACAUGGAAUCCAACAGCAUGGCGACCAGAUUCAGCGCACAUAAUCGAGUGGAUGACUUCGAACAUGUUAUUUGGUCUUGAGAACAAUCCGCUAUCAUCAGCAGGUCCUCUGUCAUCAGAGUCAUAUCAUGAAACACUUCCAUCAAUAAAUGACUUCGGCAAACAUUUACAGGCAUUGGGAUUAUGGGGAGUUUUAGGGCCACUUGGACCUCUUGGCACUCUUGGGCCACUAGGUCCUCUCGGACCCACUGGACCAUACAAUACAAUGAAUUUGGAAGGACAUCAUAGUGUUUCGGUACACUUGGCUGCUACUGAAAUUCAUAAUUUUGAUUUAGUUGAAGUUCUUGACGAAUCACGUGUUCACGAAUCAUUAGAUUGCUCAUUUAUGAUCUUAGGUACAAUCAGCUUUCAUCGUGAAACGGAUAGCUAUUUCUUCAAUUGUGCUCCCAAUCAAUUUGUGACGAUUGUUCUUGUGCCUGAACAUAGUCUUGAUUAUUUCAAUAUGUCUCUUUAUUCUAAUGGUAGUUCUUCUGAACAUAUUGCAUCAAGUGAUUCAAUGAAAUACAUUAAUUUUAUUCAAUUGGGCUUGAUGAAAAAUACCAACGGAUCGUUUCGUAUCGAUGUCAGUUUACAUGAAAUGCAUCAGUUUAUUUUGGCACACUCGUAUCGAUUGAUUGUCACUGGCUCGCACGACUUACUUGAUUUGGAUAAAGAAGAAAAUAACAUCCGAGGACCACAUAUUAUCAGUUGCUCUAAAGAUGAAAUCUAA